AACAUAAAGACCUGUACUGAACUUUGAGCUUUUAUUUUUAAAAGAUGCUUUUACCGUCUAUACAUAAUACAAACAACUGGUUUCAUAAUACAAGUACAAGAUCUCCAUCUGCAGACGCCUCCACAUAGACAAAAACAACAAAAAUGAAUUCAGAUUUUGUUGAUAACUUGGUUAAGUUUAAUUCCCUUUCAAAUGGUAGAGAUAAGUUGUUCAGACUUGUGCAGUAUGGAAGCAAGUUUGCUUGGUGGUACUUGCAGAAAUAUGAUGUUAGUCCAGAGGUCGUUGACCGCUUACAAAAACUGGGAAAUGCAUUGAGUACAACUAGAAAGUUUAUGCAACUUGGAAGAAGUGUUGACUUCGUUCAUGGUGCAUUACGCAGUCUUCAUUUAACAGAUCCAAUUCUUCGCUGGUCAAUCACAAUGUCCAAGCUAAACCAGGCUGUAGCUCUUCUGUUUGACCACAUCAUUUGGGCAGGUAGAAUAGGCUUAGCAACAAUUGACAAGGACAAAUGGAGCAACCUUUCUGCACGCUUUUGGAUUGUAACUCUAAUUUUGAACCUUACCCGAGAUAUCUACGAUAUUAUCACAGUAAUUUCACGUGAAGUUAAAAUUCGAACGGCCAAAUCUUCCAGAAGCCAUUACAAAAAUGGAAUAUCAGAUCACAAAACUAUUAGCAAACCUAAACUGACAAAUACACAACUUUUUGUGAAAUGUGUCACUGAAAACCAGUCUGUCUUUUUAGACCUAUUGAAAAAUCUAUGUGAUUUGGUUCUACCCCUUGAAUCACUGGGGUAUGUCAAAGUUUCACCAGGUGUGCAAGGGUUAACAGGUUCUGUUUCUUCUUUAGUUGGAAUUGCAUCAACUUGGAACCCAUUGCUCAAGCUUGUGCCGUCAUAAUUUGGAAUGCCCAGAGUUUAUUUAUAUUUAUAGCUCAUUGUGACUUGAGUGGAUUACUAAUUUCUCUGAGAGACAUAUGUUUAUACACAGCUUAAACAUACUAUUUAAAUAUGCAAAAGUGUACUCAUUUUAUUUUACUGUAUGUAUUUGUUCGUUUCAUUUAAAUUUUCUUGUAUUAAAAUAAAAAUGUAUUGACCUAUUCUGAUGUUUGAUACUAUUAGAUCAUUUUGCAUUCUAAUACUAUGUACUCCCACAGAAGAAUAAUUGUGUGUAAA